CCACCGUGAGCAUAUAUAGGGGUAGUAAACUGGUAAGAUCGACGACAUGCAAAGUCUAACAAUGAACCAAACAGCGCUUUCACAACCAAGCCAAUGGCACCAAACAAAUCAACCAAAUACAAACAGUUUCACCACCAAAAAUCCAAUCCAAUUUCUUCGAUUCCGCAACACAAACCACCAAAAUCUCCAACUCCGUUUCGCCGUAAACCCUUCAUCACAGGUUCCACCGGUCGUCGUUGUGGGAUCCGCCAAUGCCGAUAUCUAUGUAGAGAUCGACCGACUUCCCAAGGAAGGCGAAACUAUUUCCGCUAAAAGCGGACAGACUUUAGCCGGCGGGAAAGGUGCUAAUCAAGCUUCCUGCGGUGCUAAAUUAUCACAUCCAACUUACUUCGUCGGUCAGGUUGGAAAUGAUGCUCACGGAAACCUCCUCGCCAAUGCUCUCCGUGACGGUGGCGUUCGCCUUGAUUAUCUUACUGUUGUGCCUUCUGCCCCGACUGGUCAUGCCGUUGUUAUGCUUCAGUCUAGUGGCCAGAAUUCUAUUGUUAUUGUUGGUGGAACUAAUAUGAGUUGUUGGCCUCAGACUCUGCCACCUCAGCAUUUGGAGGUUGUUUCGUCAGCUGGGAUUGUUCUGUUGCAGAGGGAGAUUCCUGAUUUUGUUAAUGUUCAAGUGGCAAAGGCUGCAAGGAAUGCUGGUGUCCCAGUAAUAUUUGAUGCUGGGGGAUUUGAUGCACCAAUUCCACAAGAAUUGCUGGAUUUUGUCGACAUUUUUAGUCCUAAUGAAAGUGAACUUGCUCGCCUUACAGGACUGCCAACUGAAAGUUUUGAAGACAUUACACAGGCUGCUGUGAAAUGCCAUAAAUUGGGAGUUAAGCAAGUUCUUGUGAAACUUGGUUCCAAAGGAUCUGCCCUUUUCAUAGAAGGAGAAGAACCAAUUCAGCAACCUGCCAUCUUUGCUAAAACAGUCAUUGAUACAACUGGAGCUGGCGAUACCUUUACAGCUGCUUUUGCUGUAGCCUUAGUGGAGGGCAAGUCCAAAAAGGAAUGCCUCAGAUUUGCCGCUGCUGCAGCUUCUCUUUGUGUUCAAGUCAAGGGAGCCAUUCCCAGUAUGCCGGAUAGGAAAUCUGUUCUUGAACUUCUUAAUCAUCAUUGAAGAUACUUGCAAAAGGAAAACAGGGGAGACGAUAUCACCGAUAAGAAUAAAACUGGAGUGGAGAUAGUGGGGAGGAAGUAGAUUAUCAGAAUUUUGACGGUUAAUAUUUUCUAACAAGUAGAUUUGGUCUCCAAUUCCAUAUUUUAAAAUAAUGGUGACGUGGACCAAUAGAAGAGGAAGUGUUCAAUAGAGUGUGUCAGAGAGUUUGUCCUUAGCAUUGCUCUUACUCUUCUGUUCUUGUUUAGUCAAGAACUAUAGUUUAGGCUUCUAGACAAAGAACGUCGUGUCAGUAUCUUUACCAUCUAUAUAAUUGUUGGUAUACUUGCUAUUUGGAAACAAUAUUUUUGGGUUUCUGACUAUAUGUGAAUGUUCUGUGUCAUUCUGUUACCUUCAUGAUUCAAUUAUAACAAUUAUUAAAUUUCCUUAGAUGCACUUCCUUUGCAAUUAACACAUGUAUUUAUAAAAAUGAUUCUUUACACUAUUGAUCCUGGUUUGUGUUUUUAGUUAUUUCAAUCACACAGGGUAUGUGCUGCUAGUGCUUAAAUAUGUAAUAUC